GACUGAUUACGAUAUUAUGGUGAUUUACGAUUUGGAUAAUAUGGUCUGUGAAUAUACGGCUUUGUAUGAACAACGAAAACCUAAGUUUUUAAGUUAUACAUCACAACUUCCUCGAAAAACACGAAAUAAAUAUGUUUGUUUGAGUGAAAUGAUUGAACUUAUGAAACAGUUACAACUGAUCGUUCGAAUCCAUAACGAACUAUUAUUACGGCAAGAGCAGUACUGGCGUGAAAUGGAUGUCGUGAAUUUAAGAAUGAUAACUGACGAAGAGAAUUCUAGAGAAAUUUUACAAACGAAUAUAUUGAUUAAGGAGCCAAGAUUAUAUGCAGAUCAAAUAUCUGAUGAAUAUGAAAUUCUACCUGGAAAUAAGAUACGCCAAAAAUAUUCCAAAUCGUAUAUGCGUCGAGAACACGAUAUCCAAGGUUCGUGUGUAAUAUUGAGUUGAAAUGUUUCAUUAAAAAUGCACCAUUAACAAUACAAAGAAAUUUUCAAAAAUUGAUUGAGAAAAUUCGAAAAGAUUCUGAUUUAAUGUCAUUACGCAGCAGUUUAACUUCAACAAUAUCUAAUGCGACUCCAAUUGAUGAAAUUUUUCAUCUUUGUAUAGAUAUAGUGUAACUGUUGAAUUUCAUUUGGUAACACCGAAGAGCGUGACUGCAGAUGAUGAAAUUGAAAUGUUUAAAAUAUACUGGCGAG